GAAGGCGAAGGAACGGGCUAGGAGGAAUAACGCCUCUCUCGUUGCUACACUCGUUUCAGUCUCUGUACCUCAAGGAGGUAAAGUCCCGCUUCUCUCACAUUAUUAUACCUCAGUCAAUCAGUAUUUCACCGAUAAUUCCACAUCAAUUACACCAUCCGCCCCCACCCGUUUUGUAAUUAUUUAUAAAAAACUGGUCAAGUGCAAUCUGUUGGCUGUCAUCGGUGCAGGGGAUUCGGGAUUAUUGGGAUAUAAUUCAAACUGUGAAUUUGGAUUUUAAGUGAAUGUGAGUGCUGAAUUGUGGAGGAUUAUUCGUGAUUGUUGGGAUAUUAAUUGGAACAGUGGAAAGAAUGCGGUAGAAUGAGGAUUCAGGGGAUAUGCAUCAUCCUCCUCGUCCUCGGGGCUUUUUGCCUCCUCGGGGAUGCGGGGGCUAACAGAUUUGGAAGAUCUGAUGGCAAUGAUGAAGCAAUACCAGGAGUUCUCUCCCUCGGUGCCGACGACAAUUCCGCUCUGCAGGUGCAGAAACCGUUGAAGGAGGGGGCGGAGAUGAAGAAGAAAUCGACGGCAGCUACCGAUUUCAAACCCAAGGACGAAACGAAAUAUCAGAAGCCAAAGGAUAUUAAGAGCGAGGAGAAAUUGAAGAGUUUUAUGUUAACAACGACCAAUGAGCCCUCAAUCUUUCUUCCUACUGUUAGACCUUCCCAGAAGGAGAACAUCUCCGGUAACGGAAGUAUCUCACCGUUUCUACUCCGUGGAGAACCCAUUACUGAAAAUGCUUCAAGAGCUCGAGCCCUCAAUAUCACAGCUCCAGAGCCAACAAAUUCCCUGCACGCUAAUCUGACGGAUUUGUCGGACGUCAGCAUGGAUGACGAGGAUAAAGAAAUGGAAGCAGAUGAACUCCCUGGUAGUGAGAAUGCAACAGAUUCUCCCAACCAUCCGACAUUUGUCCCCCCGAAAUCAUCAUGUCGAGAUGGAACCAAGACGUACGGAAUUGGUGAUAAAGUGCCUAGAGGAUGUGAGGAGAUGUGUGUUUGCGGUGAGGGUGGAGUUGUCCAGGAUUGCAAGCCACGAUGCGUGAGUCCAUCGUUCAGGGCAGGUCGAGGUAAUCAGGAUCCACUGUGCGAGGAGCACCAUCUGGACACCGAUGGAUGCUGUGCUACCCUGGUAUGCGCUGAUUCAGCACCAGAACCCGAGGAAUCCUGUAUUUUUGGGAAUAAAAGUCUAGCGAGAGGCCAGAAGGUUGAGGAUGGCUGCUCGCAGGUCUGCCUUUGCGAGGCCGGGGGAAUUCUCAAAUGUCAACCCAGAUGUCCACCCAAUGACACCAGCUCAGGGAUCAAACAGCACGAUCGUUGUGUUGCACUUCCAGACCCACGGGACUCUUGCUGCACAAUUACGUUGUGCGAUGUUAGCCUGGGUGAGCACGAGAUCAAAUCCGAGAAUGCCGCCGAUCUCACGGUUAAUAUUGCUGACGUGAAAGUAUUGAAUUCUACAGCGAUUAAACUCAAGUUGUUAUCUGAAUUGUCGAAUGGAGCUGCCGUUGAAAUUUCGGAAAACAGUCAUGUCUGGAGACAGCAAAAACCUGACAAGGAUGGAGUGCUGUCAAAUCUGGAACCAGCCCACAGCUACUACGUAAGAAUAGCCGAAGGGCCUCGAACAGGCCCCGCAAUCCGAGUGAUCCUUCCAGCCGAAGUGAUAAAAACUAACAUCACCGAGAAAAUGGACAAGACCUCUUGCUUCCACCGUGGAAAGUACCACAAAAUUGGUGCUGAAUGGUACGACGAGUGCAUCUCCUUCUGCAUGUGCAGCGAGGGCCCAAAAACCGAGUGCGUCACGAUAGAAUGCCCUACGGACUUCGGUUUGGAUGUCCUGGACCCCCACUGCCUCGACUGGGAGACUGUGCCACCCGAUUUCGUCCCCAAGGAGCCCCAGUGCUGUCCCCAGCAAGUUCGCUGCAGGAACAAUGGCUCCUGCGAUUACGAGGGCAGAACAUACGACAACUGGAGUGAAAUUCCGAGUAAUGUAACUGGAUGUGAGAAAAGGUGUUACUGCGAAAUGGGAAAAGUGGCAUGUCAAGCUGCCUGUCCUCCAGUGACAGCUCUGCCACCACCGACAUUGCAGUGCCCAACAAAUCAAGCAAUCCUGAUGAAACUCCCUGGUGAUGAUUGCUGCUCUCACUGGGUCUGCGACACUACUCACAUCACUUCAGGAGUGGCCUCGACACCAUCGGUUCCAGGAGUUCCGAUUCUAAAACCCUCGAACAGCCCCUCAUUUCCAUCCCCCCAAGACACAGAAAAAACCACGACAAUCAUAUCCCCAACGACAACCCACUAUCACCCGGAUUCCCACCCUCUGAUCCCGUACUACAACGGGCCAUACAAUCCAGACUUCAAGCCAACCGAGUCGAGUAUCGAGGAGAUAUUCGGGCUGUCAACCCAUGCCCCGGAGAGAUCGAAUCACGUCAAAGACAAGUCGAAAUCAAAAUCCGAUACGAAGAAACCAGUGGAGCCAUUGAAGCCCCACAAAGAGGUCCCAGAGCAACAAGUGCAUAAUUUCCCAGGGCCACUAGUUCCGGGUAAAUUUCCAACAACUAAAGACCCCUCGAGCCUUUCCCAGAAGAACCCCAACAAACCAGAGAAGAACACGGAACCCCAGUUUGUUCCCCUGGACCACAAUAAUCCACCGGAAUACUCUUUCUCCCCGAGCAACGGAGAAAACAUUCCUCCAACGCAUUUCGAUCCCAAUCACUUCGAUAAUUCUGAGGUUGGACCCCCGUACAUCUCCACCAACGGUAGCAAGAAGAAAAUUCCCCAGGGGAUCGACAGCUUUGUGGAUGAUUUCAAGGGUAAAUCCCCAGGAAAAGGCAAAUCAGGACAGCGCAAGCCAGAGCAAGAGAUUCUCCCUGACGAUUUACUCCAUCUCAUCAAUCUCCAUCAUCCCGGAUUGACACAGCUCGAUCAUCCACCAGCCCAAGGCCAUCCUGGCCUCUACGAAUUUCACCAGCAGAUCUCCAACCAGGGAGAAUCACCUGGCAAUCAGAUACAGCCGAACUACUUCAAUCCACCUGGAGAUAACAAGAAACCUAGACCUCAGAUCGUUGCUCAUAAGAAUGAAAAUGGGGAGACGACUUAUCAUAUUCAUACGUCCGAAGUACCCAAUUCACCUCAUCAGAUCGAGGAACUACUUGCUCACAUCAGCCAGCAUGACUCCAAUCUUGGCCCCUUUCAACAGUAUCCCAAUGCACCGGCUAUUGUACAUAAUUAUCACAAUGGCCCACCGCCACCACCUAGGAUAGGCCCACAAUUAACGAAUUCAGGAGUUGUCACACACUUGAAUCAUCCGUUCAGUCAGUCAGGUGGAGCAAACAGAUUCCCAGGAGGUUUUCCGAUCCACGGAAUCGGCGGAUAUCCCGACAAAAUGAGUCAGUCCUCCUCCGACGAGAUAGUGAUUAAAGCGGUGGAACCCCUGGACGACAGAACAGUCCGGGUAGUUUUCACAGUUCCCCCAGUCCUGGUGGGACUUCACGGUCGCGUGGAGCUGCGUUACACCAGUGAAAAAUCCAACCACGAUCCGUCAACCUGGAAGUCCCAGAUAUUUAUUCCACCUCACGAUUUGAUCGAAACACCCCAGAUGGAGUUUGAUCUGGACACCCUUGAACCUGCUACCGAGUACAAGGUCCGGGUCACUGUCAACCUCAAGGACAUCGCCAACAGCCCUAGCAGCAGAAUCUACACAGUGACAACACUGGAGAAACACGAUCAACAGACAACCCUUCCUCCUCAGAUACCAAUUGAUGCGGAGCUCCAGGUCAUCGAGACCAACUCCAGUUGGGUCAAUGUCAUGUGGAAAAAGUUCACCGAGUAUGAGAUGCAAUUCGUAGAUGGAGUCCAAUUAAGGUACAAAGAGCACGAUGGAAAGGUCUACGCUGCAACUCCACUCAUUCAUCGUGCAGUUACCAGUUACAUAAUUGAGAAUCUUAAACCAGCGACUGUUUACGAAAUUGGCAUCUCCAUUAUUCCUUUUCCAGGUCAAACUACAGAACUCAUCAGUGAUAAGACGGUGGAGAUAAUAACCGCAGUGGAACCGGAUCCCUACUCAUUCGAGGUCAAAGUGGAGAUAAAAACGGUUAAAUCCCAAGACGUGGAAGUCACCUGGAGUGGUGUCCCCUACCCAGAGGACAAAUACGUAAACAUCUACCGAGCAAUUUACCAGAGUGACUCUGGAAAAGAGGACACGAGUACCUUCAAAAUAGCAAAACGAGACUCGCCAGCUAAAACUCUGAUAAGCGACCUGAAGCCAGGGACGAGAUAUCGCCUGUGGCUGGAGGUCUACCUGACAAAUGGACGUAUAAAGAAGAGCAACGUCCAGGACUUUGUAACAAAACCAGGAGUUGUCCUGCAAGCUGGUGUGUCCCAUCAGGGAAAAUUAGCCUCGAUUCCCCUCCACGAGGGCGACUACUACGGUCCCCUCGUUAUCGUCGCCAUCCUCGCCUCAUUGUCAAUCCUAUCGACCCUUAUUCUCCUCAUGAUGCUAAUGAAGAGGAGAUCCAGCAGCAAAGCCGAUAUAUCCCCGAGAAAAACAACAUCAGCCUACGACAAUCCUUCCUAUAAGACUUGUGAGGACGCUGUCACGAUCACCAAUGGCCAUAACAAAGCCACUGAGCACGAAAUGUCAACUAUCAAUUCCAACAAUACCAACAAUACCAACACUAAAGAGACCGUUUGAUGGAGACUAUUCUUGCAAGUUGUUGUUCAUCACGGUAUUACAAGUAUUACAUCGGUUGAGACAUUAAAUUUCCGUCCAUGCGUCAAUCUUAUAAGCCGUCGUUAUGCAUCAAUUUUAGUAAAACGCAUACACCACUGCCAUUAUUUAACCUGAUGAAUCGUUUCGACUAGACAUCGAUAAAUUAUGCGAUAGCGUUUUUUUUUUUUUUUUUUUCACUGUUGACUGUAGAUUGAUGCCGCUGGAAGAAGGCGGAGGACGGUGAACUUUUUAACUUUGGUUUUUUAAUUGAAGACCGUUUUACCGCGGCCUUUUUCUCACAAGUUUUAAAACCUCAGGUAGUCCUGACGCUGAACUUAUUUGUUGGUCGGUUUUCUGUUUAUUUCAGUUUCAUCGCGAAAGAGUGGGAGAUACCGGAAAAAGUUUCGGACAAAAGUUAUUCUCGCUUCGGUAAUACGUAAAUUUUUGUCUGGAAGUUUUUUUGUAGCUAUGGGAGUUACAGAGAUAUUUGAAUUUUGGUUGCUUGAGAUUUUUGUGGGCAGUGGGUGCACUUUCUCGGAACUUCGACAUUACGUCAAUGAUCUUUCCUGUAGGUCUAAAUUACCUCCACUUCCUUUUGUUUGGUAGUUAUUUGCCCCACAGACACCGACGUGGAACUACGGCGUAUGAACUACAAUUAUCGUACCGAGAUUUUUUUCUUCGUUAUUGAAUGAUCGCAGUUCUGCAUGAGAGCAUGUAUAUAGAAUUCCUGUGCAAUAAGAAUACCUGAUAAUCUCACACUAAAGUGACUGAGACAACGAAAUGAUCAUUUUACUUUAUAGAAUAUUUUGAACUGACGCCCUGGCACUUGAUAUCGAAUUGAAUCUAAUCAGUAAGAGUUUUAUCAUUAAUUAUAAUCAUCAUUAUCAUGUAUUUAAAUAAAGUAAGGUUUAUAUAAUGUCGUCCUGGUGGAAUGACGAAAGAAUGUACAGUAUAUAUUUGUAUUAACAAAGUGAAAUGGUAUAUAUUUGCAAAUGAUUGAGGAAAAUAAAGAAAAACUUUCUUCACUAAGAUA